AUUCUUGGCCUCGCCGCCCUGGCUCAGGCCCAUAUGGAACUGACCUGGCCAUAUGCCUUCCGUUCCAAGUUCAACCCCAACGUGCCCGAGUCCUUAAGAGACUACAGUAUGACCAGCCCUCUCUUGGCCAGCGGAAGCAACUAUCCUUGCAAGGGAUAUCACGUCGACUUCAACAGGCCCGAGGGCAAGUCGACCGUUACCUGGCAGGCCGGAGGCACCUACAACUUUAGUCUUUCCGGCUCUGCGACUCAUGAAGGCGGCAGCUGUCAAGUUUCGCUGUCCUACGACCAGGCCAAGACGUGGAAGGUCGUCCACUCUUGGAUCGGCUCGUGCCCUCUCACGCCUUCGUGGACGUUUACCCUCCCCAACGACACGCCUGCUGGAGACGCCCUCUUCGCCUGGACCUGGUUCAACAAGAUUGGCAACCGAGAGAUGUACAUGAACUGCGCUCAUGUUACCAUCCUGGGCCGCAGUGGCUUCGACUUUGACGAGCGCAGCCCGUCUGAUCCUUAUGGAAGCCGCCCCGCCCAGUUUGUUGCCAAUGUCAACAAUGGCUGCGGUACUCUUGAGGGCAAAGACGUCUUGUUCCCCAACCCGGGCCCGGAUACUGAUCUGAAGUCUCUGGGGACUGCUCCGCCAACUGGCAGUUGU